UUUUUCCUCCGAAUUCUCCCAACAAAUGCAACAAAACUUCAUUUUCAUCAAUUUCCUUCAAUCAUUUAAUUUAUUCCAUUUUUUCUUUUUUCUAAUUUCUAACGCUGCCGUUUUGUUUGAAGAAAGUUUAAAUAAUGUGGGGAAUGCUGGAGGUGUUGGUUCUUCAGUUUCUGCAUAUGAAGAGAAUUUUGGGGGGACAACAAUUAACAGGCAUAAGGCUUUGGGGAAAAAUACAAAUUUAUCGCCAUAUUCUUCUUCUGGAUCAUCAGCUCAAUUUCCAAUAAAUGAACGUCUACAAACAUUUGUACACACAUUUGAGACGUUAGAGCAAUGCGCAGUAGCAUGCCCUAGACCUUGUGCAAUGACAGUGAUGGAAGAAUUGGAAAUGAUGCAACGUUGGAUUUGUGAUCCAAAUGCUAGGUUAGAGAAUUACAACCAACACAGACUGCCCCAAACAGAUAAAAACUUUCCAAGUUCGAGUAGAACAGAAAGAGGAGGUAAAGAUGCUAAUAAAAAUAAUUUUUUACAAAUUUUAAAUAAUCAAGCACUUUUAAUUAUUGUCCCAAUUAUUUUAUUAAUUAUUUUGUCUUCCCUAAUUUUAAUAAGGCGGUGUGGUGUUAAAUCUACUACAUCCUCUAAUAGUAAUUCUCUUUGA